AAACAGAUUGUCAUCUCAACCAAAAACCAAAACCACUCUCUCACUCACUCACUCUCUCUCUCUCUCUCCCAGUCUCCCCCUCACACUCACACACACAGCGAUACAUUCCGGCGACUUCUCCGGCGAUUUCCAGGGGCGAGUCGGUGAAAGAUGGGAAGAGAAUGAGAAGGCGCGAUUGUCGAUCAUGUCGGACUCGUGCUCAGACCGCUUCUCGGACCUACUCUGCGGGGAGGGCUCCGAAAUCCUGUCGGGAGAGUCGCCGGAGUGCUCAUCAGACCUCGAUUCCGGACCGUGCAUCGAUGAAUCGAUUGCAGAGUUCAUCGAGGACGAGAGGCACUUUGUGCCUGGCGUCGAUUACCUCGCUCGGUUUCGCUCUCAGUCCCUCGACGCCUCCGCCAGAGAAGAAUCGGUUGCAUGGAUUCUAAAGGUUCAGGCUUGUCAUCGUUUUCAGCCAUUGACGGCGUAUCUCUCCGUCAACUACUUGGAUCGGUUCCUGUAUUCUCGCCGCUUGCCGCAAACAAAUGGGUGGCCAAUGCAACUAUUAUCUGUUGCUUGCUUAUCGUUAGCUGCUAAGAUGGAGGAACCUCUUGUUCCUUCUCUAUUGGGUCUUCAGGUGGAAGGGGCCAAAUAUAUUUUUGAACCAAGAACAAUUCGUAGGAUGGAGCUCCUUGUGCUUAGUGUUCUGGAUUGGAGGCUACGAUCGAUUACGCCGUUCAGCUUCAUCGCUUACUUUGCAUGCAAGAUUGAUUCGGCCGGAACCUAUGCUGGGUUUUUAGUUUCACGGGCGACGGAAAUUAUUCUGUCAAAUAUGCAAGAGGCUAGCUUUCUCGAAUACUGGCCAUCAUGCAUUGCUGCUGCAGCCAUACUUUGUGCGGCUAGUGAAAUUCCAAAUUUGUCUCGUGCCAAUCCUGAACAUGCCGAAUCAUGGUGUGAUGGACUACACAAAGAGAAAAUCAUCGGCUGCUACCGUUUAAUGCAAGAAUUUGUGAUUGACAAUACCCGGAGGAAGCCCCCAAAAACGUUGCCACAGCUUCGAGUUACAAUUCGAGCCAGAAUGAGGUCUAGUGACUCAUCGUCAUCGUCCUCAUCGUCGCCCAAUAAAAGGAGGAAAUUAAACAACUGCCUAUGGGUAGAUGAUGACAAAGGAAACUCCGGGUGAAGGGGGGGAAAAAGAAAAAAAAAAAAAAAAAGAAAAAAAAAAAAAAAGAGGAAAGAAACAAGGGAAGUGGUGGUCCAAGUUGUCUAGAAACCCGAUUAGUUUUUGGAGGGGUUUUGAGAUGAAAUUGACUCGAGUGAUGGUGUAGAGUAUAUAUAGUAUAUAUAAUGUAUGUAUCAGAGUUUGAUGAUGAUCAGUUUGGAGAUUUAUUAAUUUUUCCUUCUUGGUGGGCAUAGCGAUUCAUUAAUGGCUUUGCGGAUUCCCGAGGGAGGGGGAUUUGUUGCAUAAAUAUAUUGUGGUGAAGGGAAGGGAAGGGAAGGGAAGGGAGUUUGUUUAAUAGUGGCGUGAUGGAGUGUGAAACAGUGCGGGGGUUGAAUUCAAAGGCAGCAUUGAUUAUUGAAUGAAUGGGAGAUGGUGGGGGCCGUUUUUACAGGAUUGGGGAAAAAGAGGGAGGGCGAAAUCAAAGGAUUGGCAAAAAUGAAGGGAUUGAAGUUUGAAGAUUGGGCCGUUUAUGGGAUUUAUAAAGUCAAGCUUCUGAGCUAGCCUCCAUCAUUGCUUCUCACUGCUGAGUCUUUUAAUGAUAGGAAAGGAAUAAGAUGGGUUCGUUUUUAUAGGCUUUUUUGAGUGGUGUACGUGUGCACACGCUUUGGUUGUGUGGACACACGCACGUGUGUAUGUGUGCUUUUUUGGCGGGAACUGCCUUUCUCUUUCUUAUCGGCCUCUUGAGCUCGGCCUAACUUUACUGAACGCUCUUCUGAGAGUGAUGUUCACGCGUGUGUUGGCUACACGUGUGUAUACAUUUUGUGAUUUUUUUUUUUUUUUUUUUUUGGGGAGGCGAAACCUCUCUAAUGGCCUUAUAAGUUUGGCCUAACAAAUAUACAAAGGUCUUUGGGGCCUUUAAUGCUUGCUGUAUUUGAUUCAUCAAUAAUAUAAUAAUUUAUAGAUUUCUUUCA